AUGCCACUCUCAACACUUCUACUGGGUGGGCUAUUAGCCCUACAGGCACAUGCCCUGCCUGGACGCGACAACCCCGCGAUCCUUCGACGAGCGUGUCCUGACUACACUUCGUACGCCUCGACGCCGCAUGGUCCUUAUAGUGGCGGUCCCUUGAAUCUCCCCUACCAGCGCCCCGCCGAAGCUUGUCGCACCUUCUCGUCCCCGUCUGUAGAGAAGGUUAUCGAGGACGUGACUUCGCGUCUGGUUGACAAGGACCUUGCGCAGCUGUUCCGCAACGCGUUCCCAAACACCCUGGAUACGACCAUCAGGUGGCAUCAAAACGGUACCACAGCAGCAUCCAAACGUCAAAGCAGGCGUGACACGGCUCAGUGGACCGGCGCGCAGACCUUUAUUGUCACGGGUGACAUUAACGCGGAGUGGUUGCGUGACUCGACCAACCAGCUUACCAACUAUCAGGCGCUAGCCAAGAAGGACAAGAGCUUGUAUAAUUUGAUUCUAGGUGCAAUCAAUACUCAGGCGGAGUUUGUCAUUCAGUCGCCCUACUGCAAUGCUUUCCAGCCACCUUCUGCCAGUGGCAUCCCGCCAGAAAACAGCACUCAGGUGGAUACCGUCCACCCGGCGUACGAGAAGUCAUUUGUUUUCGAGUGCAAAUAUGAGCUUGACUCUCUUGCUCACUUCCUGCUGCUCGGCACCGAAUUUUAUGAGAACACAGGUUCGACCGAGUUCUUGACCGAUCGCUGGUUCAAAGCGCUGCAAACCGUUCUCGACGUGAUCGAUGCGCAGUCACAGCCUACUUUCAACUCGAAGAAUCAGUUUGUCACCAAUCAGUACACCUUCCAGCGUGAGACCACCAUCGGUACCGAGACGCUGAACUUGCAAGGUGUUGGUAACCCACUCAACAGCGGUACGGGUCUCAUUCGCAGCGCCUUCCGCCCAAGUGACGAUGCCACAAUCCUAGGUUACUUUAUCCCUCCCAAUGCAAUGAUGUCUGUUCAGCUGCGGAAGGUUGCCAAGGUUAUCAACGCUGCCGGCGGCCACGACGACUUGGUCAAUGAGCUGGAACAGCGCGGCAAGAAUCUGGAAAAUGCCGUCAAGGAGCACGCUAUCGUCAACCACCCCAAGUAUGGCGAUGUCUACGCCUUUGAGAUCGACGGAUAUGGCUCUCGCAUCCUUAUGGAUGACGCCAAUAUUCCAUCCCUACUGUCUCUGCCAUACCUUGGUUUCCUCGAUAAGAGCGACAAGGUCUACCAGAACACCCGCAAGAUGAUCACCGAAAAAGCCGGCAAUCCAUACUACCUGGAGGGUCCUGCUUUCCAUGGUAUCGGCGGUCCACAUAUCGGCCUCGAGAAUGCCUGGCCCAUGUCUCUGCUGAUGCAAGCUCUGACCUCCGACGAUGACACCGAGAUCUUGGAUUCCAUCAACCUGGUGCGCGACUCUAGUCUGCUGGGCCUGGUCCAUGAGUCUAUCAACGUUACCAAAAUCAAGACGUACACUCGCCCCUGGUUCGCGUGGGCCAAUUCGGUGUUUGCACAGACGAUUCUUCAGGUUGCAGAAGAGCGGCCCCAUUUGAUUUUCGGAGACAAUGCCAAGCCUUAUACUGUUAAUUAA